CAGCCCCAUCCAACCAUGUCUCUGUUCUCUCCCUUCAUGUCUCGCAGCCAUUUUCUCACCCUACCUCGAUCCAGACGCUGUCAACCUAGUGAUGAUCAUCAGAAGGAAUCCAGGGCUAACCCCCGCAGCGGAUCGGCCCAAACCAGCCCCACCAGUACCCCGAUGUCUGACAGGAGAGGAGGUCGGCAACUACCACAGCUUCCACCCACAGGGACCAAGGGCAGAAAAGACACGGACUCACCAGGUUGGACCAGCUCAGGUGCUAUGGAUGUGGAGGAGAGGACCAGACAGAUGAAGCUGAAGGUUAACAUGUUCAAGCAGGGGGCCGGGUCCGAUUCCAGACUGGAACAGGACAACAACAAGCGGAGGGAUGGUCAGCGAGGUUCAGACAACAUGUCAGCCAAGUCUUCGGACAGUGAUGUAAGCGACGUGUCCGCUGUGUCGAGAACCAGUAGUGCCUCUCGGUUCAGCAGCACGAGCUACAUGUCUGUCCAGUCAGAACGGCCGCGAGGAAACCAGAAGAUCAGGAACCAAUCACGGGAAGUGGAUGAACAUUUGGGGGAGGUGCUGGAGGAAGAGGAAGUGCGGGGGGGAGUGGGGGGUACACAUAGAGGGCAGGGUAAACAGAGGGAAGGGGAGGAGGAGGAGGCUAAAGAGGAAGGAGGUCAGAGGAGGACCACUGUAGUCACACAGAAGUCACAGGAGGAGAUGGAUGAAGAGGAAAUGCUGCGGAGGAGGUUCUCAGAGACUGACCUCAGGCAGUUGGGCACGUCGUCAGGGAGUAUGAACAUGACCAAGAGCACAAGCAUCGGUGGAGACAUGUGCAACCUGGAGAAGACGGACGGCAGCCAAUCGGACACGGGCGUGGGCAUGGUAGGCGGGGACGGGGACAAGAAGAGACGCUCCAGUAUUGGUGCCAAAAUGGCGGCAGUGGUUGGCCUUUCGCGGAAAAGCAGGAGUACCUCUCAGCUCAGCCAAACAGCCGGUGGGAAGAAGCUUCGCAGUACCGUCCAGAGGAGCACAGAAACGGGCUUGGCCGUAGAGAUGAGGAGCAGGAUGACUCGGCAGGCGAGCAGAGAGUCCACCGACGGCAGCAUGAACAGCUACAGCUCCGAGGGAAACCUGAUCUUCCCUGGUGUGAGGCUCUCCUCGGAUGCCCAGUUCUCUGACUUCCUGGAUGGACUAGGCCCAGCCCAGCUGGUUGGACGACAGACGCUAGCGACACCACCCAUGGGUGACAUCCAGAUUGGAAUCGUGGACAAGAAAGGAGCGCUGGAGGUGGAGGUGAUCCGAGCCCGUGGCCUUGUGGGAAAACCAGGUUCCAAGGCACUGCCAGCACCAUAUGUAAAGGUAUAUCUUUUAGAAAACGGAGCCUGCAUAGCCAAAAAGAAAACAAAAGUAGCAAGAAAAACCUUGGAUCCCCUUUACCAGCAGCAACUGCCGUUCGAAGAGGCUCCUGGAGGGAAAGUUCUACAGAUUAUCGUAUGGGGAGACUACGGACGCAUGGACCAUAAAUCCUUUAUGGGAGCGGUUCAGAUACUUUUAGAUGAGCUGGACCUGUCCAACAUGGUGAUUGGCUGGUUCAAGCUCUUUCCUCCUUCCUCAUUGGUGGACCCUACCCUGGCCCCCUUGACAAGAAGAGCUUCCCAAACGUCAUUGGAUAGCCGGUCAUAGCAGUGUGUGGACUGAUAGCAUUGUUGUAGCAGCAGCACCCAGUGUUGAGGUUAAACAAGUUGCGACAGACAGGUCACGCCCCCCGGUUACACUGCAUGCUUGAUGUUGUGUCUUCUGAGCCUGUUUCUAGGGGUGCAAACGUGAUCCUGUGUUUUGAGCAAAAUGUCGCACACAUUGUGCGUAGCGAGCGUCGCUCCCUCGGCCGGGUCGGAGCGCCAGCUCGGAUUGGAAGGCCGUAACGGACUCCUUAGCACGAGGAAUCGUCUCUAAAUCGAGCGAUUCCAGGUUUUCAUCCAAUCUUAAGCCAUGGGGGUCAGAACUGGGAACCCGCUCGAUGAGUUCUACAGAAGCCCUUUUCGAAUGAAAAAUAAAUGUUUUCGUUUUUAAUUAAUUUUUUUGUUUUUUGUUUGUUUAUUGUGGAUGUACUUGUAUACCUGAAGGGGUGACUGACAGUGUUGUCCUGUCCAGAAGCUUGGUCACGCCACGCCAACAGACCUAGCUAGAUGUGUAAAUGAAGCUAUGAGGAUCAUUGCAAUAGGAGAGGUGGGGUGGCCCAGGUAAAGCUCACACUCCGAAUAUGAGGCCCUAGUCAAAAUACCUAUACAGUGUAGGUAGUAGAUCACACCAGAGAGACAAUACUAAAGUUACUAAAGGCAAUACAGAAGAGGCGACUGUACUAUCGACGCUCCAGAAUCUAAUGAUCAGAACCCACAACAAGACUAACUUUUAUGACCUAACAUUAUUAUUUCUCUGUUGAUAUAGUGUAUGACAUUUAAAUGACGAUAAAAAAAAAAAGAUUUUUGCAUGGACAAAAAUUUAGCUGAAUAAAAAAAAUAUGAAAAUUAUUUUCUUGAGGCUGCAACUUGCAAAAAAAAGAUGAAUAAAAACAAAUAAAACAGAUCAGCCAUUUUCAACAAUUUAUAUUAUUUUUAAAGAUAAAUGUCACUAGUGCAUGGUUUUCAAAGGGGAGUGAAUGCAACAGCGUGAUAAAAAAGACACAUUGUUUAUCAUUCUUUAGACCAUCCAUAACAUAAGUCUGUGUUUGGCAGACAUACAGUAAGAGAAACUAAAAUAAAAACUUUUUGAGUUAUUUAACAAAAAAAAACAGUUUAUGUGACAAAGUGAUGAUGAAAAUAAAUGUAAAUGAUUUAUUUCAUUGUAAAGGUUUACAAGCCUUAUAAAGAUAAACAUAAUGUUUAAAUUGUACACGUCUCUUUUUCUCUCUUGUCCCAGGGCACCCCCUGAUAUUGUCCAGAGUUUCAGGACUGUUGGUUCUUUUACAGUUCUAUAUCGUUUCAAUAUGUCUUUUUUGGGAUUUGAUUUGUUUAACAAGCAUGUUGAAAAGGAUUUUCUGCAACAUGGCUUGGGCACACCUUAAAGUAACUCAGCAUGUUUUGAUAAAGAUGAUAUUUGGGGUUUUUGCAGUUUCUUGUACAGUGCAUGUCAACUUCGUUACUUUUUCCCCUCUACAGCAAAUGAAUUAGUUACUUUCAUGGCCAAACUAUUAAAACGUUUUAACAAAACAUUCCACCAACUCCUAGAUCAUAUUUUAUUUCCAAUUUUUCAAAAAGAAUGACAAGUAAAAAUACUUUAUAUUCAUUGGAGGUUGACAAAAAAGUUUUGGUUGCAAGUGUAUUUUAUUUCAGUAUUGUUAACUAACAUGCAAAAAUAAUCUGUAUUGGUACAGCAAGAGGGAUAUUUAUUUCCAAGCAAGAAGCAGCAAACAUACAACUUAUGUAUAUUGCUGUGUAGUUCAGGCACUGUUUGUGAGGAUGAGCAACAUGGGAUAUUGCCACACAAUAUGAAUUUAGUUUUUCUGUUUUUGUGAAAAUAAAAUUAAUUUCAUAUAUUUUUAUUUGUUUAUUUACAAGCCAAGACCAGUUUAUAUUUUAUUUUCUAUUUUUAGUAAUUAUAAAUGCUUCUUGUGUAUGAGAGGUAUAUGAAUCUUACAGUUAUGUCUGAAUGAAAAUAAACUGAGACGUUAUUCCUUUUCCAUGUUAAACCUAUACAUUCUAAUGUCCAUCCAAUAUCUUGUUGCUAUAACAAGCUAUAUACUUUCAUUUUUGAUUUACAUUGUACAUAUUAGAAAUUUGAAUAAAACAAGCAAACAUAAAUAGAUUAAUAGAAUAUUUUGGAAUAGGAAUAAUGUCUCACAUGAUGACAAAGAAAUAUGUUAUUUACCCUUUUGAAUGCCUUUUCUUUAUUUUGUUUUGGUGCAAUGUGUUUAUGCCAAGGCUAUGUCUUGGUGAAGUAUGGUUGAGUACAGAGAUUUAUGUAAGUUAUUUUUCAAAUAAAAAAUGGAUAUUACACUGA